UGUUGUAGCGCUGGCGGUGGGGGCGCGUGCGUGCUGGCUUCCUCGCGGACGGUGUCCGACGGGGUUCAUUCCACUCCUUCCGUAGCGCCUCUGCUGUCCCUAAAAGUGCUGAGGCCUAGAAAAGCGGAACGUGGUGAAAGAAGGGGGGGGGCCGCGGGGGGCCUGUGGCGGCAAUGUCCGUGAGGAGCAGAGAGGGGCGUGCGGCGGCGGCGUUGCUGGGAACAGCCACAACAGUAGUAGUAGCAGCAGCAGCUGUCGUCGCCUCCUCAGGGGCGCGCGGCCUGCUUUCCCCCUCGCCUGCGGCUCUCCAGUGCUGUCGUCUCCCUCCUGGUAGCUGGGCUCUGGCGGCGGGCUGGGCCCGAGACUGAGCCGCCCUGGGCUAAGCCCGGGCGGGAGCAUACCGAGACUGAGGCCGGGAAGAGCGCGGAGCUGCCCAGAGGCAGCCUCAGCUUCCGCCGCCCGAGCAUGGGAAUCCUCUUCACUCGGAUAUGGAGGCUGUUCAACCACCAGGAGCACAAAGUGAUCAUUGUUGGCCUUGAUAAUGCAGGAAAAACAACUAUACUCUAUCAGUUUUCUAUGAAUGAAGUAGUGCAUACAUCCCCAACUAUAGGAAGCAAUGUGGAGGAGAUAGUGGUUAAUAAUACGCGCUUUCUGAUGUGGGAUAUUGGAGGCCAAGAGUCUCUUCGCUCUUCAUGGAAUACAUAUUAUACAAACACUGAAUUUGUUAUAGUUGUUGUGGACAGCACAGACAGAGAGAGAGUUUCUGUAACUAAAGAAGAACUUUACAAAAUGUUAGCACAUGAGGAUUUGAAGAAAGCAGGGUUACUUAUCUUUGCUAACAAACAGGAUGUUAAAGACUGCAUGACAGUGGCUGAAAUUUCCCAGUUUCUGAAGCUAACAUCAAUUAAGGAUCACCAGUGGCAUAUCCAGGCGUGUUGUGCUCUUACUGGAGAAGGAUUGUGCCAAGGACUUGAGUGGAUGAUGUCAAGACUUAAGAUCAGAUGAUUUUUACUCUGCACAGACAUUGUACAGGAAAAAAGUGCUGCAUCUUUGCCUAUCUUGACAGCUGUGAAAUUAAUGGCUUACGUUUAUUUAUCAAUCAAAACUGAAUUCAACUUUAUUUGCUACUUAACACACUAAGGCCGACUCUGUUGAGGGGGAGAACUUUUAGAAGCUCAAGCAUGGCUUCCCAGAAACUUCCUCUGGAGUGGACUCCAGAAGCUGCAGCUGAUCCUUUUUUAAGUGAAAUCACUUGAGAUUGUUUAGUAAAUAAUGUGUGUGUGAUGAGAAUGAAAGGGGAGGGGGGAGGUAUUUUAACUUUUACAUUUUAUUAUUCCAGUCUAACUCAGUUGGAAAUGUUGACUUUAUUAUUCCAGUGAUCAGUAAAGAAAAUCAGUGGCACAGGUAUUGACUUCCCAGUAUUGGAACUUUUUCAGAUGUGUUACAGAAGCAAAAAUAUUUUCCUGUAUGUGUACUGUACAUUUUGUAUUAUACCUCAUGUUAAAAGUUGCUAGGAAUCUGUACAGAGAAAUGGUAAAUACCACUGACUCUGCCUGCACUCUUGACACUAUCUGCAUCCUGGUUAAACUGUGUGGAUUGGAGUAUUUAGAUUCAAACCAUUCAAAUCCUGUUGAACAUGACAAAACAAUAUUGGUCUCAGUGAAAAGUACUCUUGAGUUUGUGACCCUGGCUGUGAAAAAUGGUACCCAGAGAGAUAACAUCAUUUGUGUAUUUAAUGGUUUCCAUUCUACUCUCGUGUCAAUGGUGGUGGUGAAAUUCUAGGAAAUUAUUUCUGUUUUCUUUUUAUUAUAAGUAUUUGCAGCUAGGAAUGAUCAGACAAGAAACUGGACAUGGUUAUCGAUAAGAUUUUAUACUUAAUUCUGGCAUUUUAAGUGUAUCAAACAAAUAAAAUAUAUAAAGGGGCAUCUUUAAAAAAACAUCUAAAAUGUUGAUUUCUUGAUCGUGUUGGCUGAGAAUCUUGACAUGUGAUACAGUUAAACAGUGUUUCACUUUGGGUCUACACGGGGGACAUUUAAUAUUUCUGUUUUAAAAUAUUUCUAAUGUAAUACUAAUAAGAACUUUCUUUUUCUCUACCCAGAGAAGUUGUCUAAUAAGUUUUACAGAACUGGUUGUUACACUGCUAAGCAUCUUCGAGGGGAAAUAAAUGUGUAGAUUUAUGAUGAUUCAGAAUUGCCAGGGUGUUGCUGUUUUGUUGGGGACAGCGGCCAGAAUCCAGGGGGCUUCUUUAACUGGAGAUUCUCAUCCCAUAGAGCACAAAUGAUUUUUGAAAUGUUUAAUUUCAAGUGUUUGUGGCUUUCCAUUGGCUGUUGUCAAAGGAGAAGUUCCAGUUCUUUGCUGUACAUGUGGAACUUUGGGACAGAUUGCUUCAAUCCACAAUUAACAGUUUAGUCUGCCUGUAUGGCAGUCCCAGCCCCCGCCCCAUAUUUAUUAAUGUAAAUAAAUUAACUUUCCCCCCAUUAAACGUCAUGCCACAGAAAGUGUAAGGACAGGGUGUCAAAAUUAAAAUGUGCUAUAGAAUAGGAAAAAAUGGCUUACAUUAAGGGAUUAUGAUUUUUAUGGAAACUGAACAAGAGUAAUUUUGAAAUUGUGGUUUGUCGCUGACCGUGCAUUUCCACAUACUAAAGGGCAAUUCUGUUUCUGGGAGUGGGAUUAUUAAUGUCUACCAGUUCCUCCUUCCACUGCAGAUCCCUCAUUUUGCCAUAUAUGCUGUUCCUCGGGGUCCACAAACCCUUAGGAACAAAGGGGAUGGGCAGGUAGGUUCAGGUUAUUGUAGUGAAGGGGGAAAUGGGAAAGUCAUGCUGAGCAAGGUCUGCUGCAUGAGUGGGUCCUGUUUGGUUUGCCAGUGCUUCUUAGUUCAAAACCCUGUGCUUGCAGUCCCUGUCAUGAAUAUCUAACUAUCCUGUGGUGAAUUGAAAGUCCUUUCUAAAUAACUUAGUACAGUGGUUUGUUUUUAAACAGACCAAUCAGUACAGUUUGUUUGUCAGUAGGGAAAAACAUGAUAGACUUGUUGGCUUACCAUCACAUGUACUGGGUGGAAAUGUUUUAAAAUGAGAACAUACUCCGUAUCAAUAGCUGCCCUUCACCCUUGGAGUCUGAUGAGUAAACAACACUGGGCGUGUAUAGUUAUCGAUAUUCUGGUUUCGACUAUAUCCCUUCAAUCGAAUGCAUGCACAGUACCAGUGGAAAUAGCAGUCAAGUAGGUCUGAGUAGUGUUCAAGGAAGUGCUGUUAAGUACAGAGGCUGAAAUCCAAAGAGGUACUUGGGCUUGUUUGGGGUUGGUUCUGCUAAACCUUUCUCCCCUGACAUAGCGCAAAGUUUCAAAAAUCUAAUUGCCUUGUAGCCCGGAAGGCUACCGUUGGGGGCAAACACAUCUAAAGCCCUUUGAGACUAGUUGUGUUUUUAUUUUGGCCCUAGUUAGAUUCCCUCUUAGUUGAAAACAAAAGCAACAAAGUGCAGUGUGCUACAGGCUACAGUGGACACAAGAUUUAACUAAGAAUGCCUUGCCUUUUGAAAUGUGUUCACAUUUCCAGAUUAAAUCCCUUCAUUUUACGUAUGCCACAGUUCCAUAACCACUAUCUGUAUGAUAGUAAAGUAAGAGCUUAAAAAUUAAUAGAUUUUCUUACUGUUCUUUUCUUAGUUUGGGGCAAAUGCAUUAAUUAAGGAAGAAGGGAAAGAACAGCGACAAGGAUCUUGAGGUUGCAUUGAUGAUCCCCGAUGAAGAACUUUGGAGAAGUAAAAACAUUGUGCAUGAGCAGGGGGUGCUCAAACAUGCCCCUCCCAAAAAAUCCUUCUGCGCAACUUGGAUUGAUUGGAUGACCUUCAGCACGGGUGACAGAUGGCAAAGGAGUCUCCCACUGCUUCAUCUGUUCCAUAGAUUGGAAGGUGGCAGCAAUGGGCAGACACUCCUCCUGCCAGUCAACAGAGCCAUGGGAGGCAUUAGGGGACAGCUUAACAUAGAACUUCCACUUAGUCACUCUUAUUUUGGGCUAAGGGUGUGAAGUUACCAAUCAAUUCUUUGGGGUUAUAUUUGAAGCAGAAGCCUUCUACAGGUUUGUGUAUAUUUUUGCCCGAAGCAGGCUUUGGACAAAACUGUGUUAUACCCAAUGAAUUUCAAACUGAUGUUACUGCCACUCUUUUGUAACUUAGCUGGAGGAUUAGGGUGUCAUUCUGGCUUUUUCCUCUACAAGUAAGAGUUAUCCAUAGUACUAAGGGCUGCUUUCCAGGUGAACGUUUUCUAUCUAUGUGUAAGAAAAAGCAUACACCAUCACUUGUGUAUGCAUCCUCUGCAUAGUAUAUAUAUCUGUAAUGUUACAUGCAUGCUGCUUUGUUGUACAGACUGAAGAGAUCUGCCCGAUACUUUUUAUAGGGUAUGGUACUGAGUGGUGUCCCGCAGGUGUUUGCUUAAGGGGCAACUGACUGCUUUUUUUCUGCAGUGCCUUGGAAUAUUCCCCUCAACCUGCAAAAUGAUAGGUGCAUAAAAUUGAUCUGCAGCGUAUCCAAGAACAGCUGAAAAGACACAGUUUCUAGAUUUGUCUGGUACAGAACUGGCAUUGGGGUUGCCCAGUUAAUAAAAGUAGUCCUGUGUGCAUGCUUCCUCUUG